AGAAGAAGGAAGGAGGCGCCAAAAGAGCUCAGAGAGCCUCGUCCAACGUUUUCUCCAUGUUUGAACAAACUCAGAUCCAAGAGUUCAAAGAGGCGUUCACGCUCAUCGACCAGAACCGGGACGGAUUCAUUGAUAAAGAAGAUCUGAAGGACACAUAUGCGUCUCUGGGUAAACUGAACGUGAAGGACAAUGAGCUGGAGGACAUGCUGAGAGAAGCCACGGGGCCCAUCAACUUCACCAUGUUCCUCAACCUGUUUGGAGAAAAGCUCCACGGCACCGACCCUGAAGACACCAUCUUAAACGCCUUCAAACUGUUCGAUCCUGACGCCAAAGGCUUCAUUCACAAAGACGAAUUACAGAAACUUCUGACAACACAAGCAGACAAGUUUACACAUGAGGAGGUGAAGCAGAUGUUCCAGUCGUCCAACAUCGACACAGCAGGAAACCUGGAUUAUAAAUCUCUGUGUUACAUCAUCACACACGGGGAGGAGCAGGAAGAAUAACGCGGCUCUGAACAUAUUUCUGCUGCAGUUUGG